AUGUUACAAGGCUGUAAUUCAUUUGUUACCAGGUCGACAUGGCUUCAUAAGGUGUCUAACUUGACCUUAAGACCAUCUUCAUCCAUAUUCACAAUGUCUCAUCCAUUGUUGAUGAACUAUAAUAGUAAUAAUAGUAGUGGAAACAGAAGUGUUGGUGGCUCACAAUCAUGGUCUGGUCAUCAACAACAUAGACAUAGUGGCAACAUGUUUAACAAUAAUGCCAGACAUGAUGAACAUAGACCUAUAUUCCAAAGACCACCACAACAUCGACAGCCACUAACAUUCAACAACAACAGGAAUGAGACACAUCAACAACGACAACAAGACAGUGGUGAUGGUGGCUUCUCUGAUGUCAUUGAUGGUCGCGGACGAACAAGCAGCAACAACAAUGGAAAUGAUUUUACUGUUAUGGCCAAGGUGGAUUGGUCACUGGAGACACUGGAUCCUAUCAACAAGACAACGUACAAGCAAUCGGACAAGGUCUCCGCCAUGUCAGAUGACCAGGUCAAGGGUUUCUUGAGUGAGCACGGCAUCUCAGUCUCGGUCAACGCUCAAUCACCAACACCAAACCCUGUUCUGGAGUUUGAUGACAUGGGAUUCCCUGUGGCCAUCAAUCGUUUGUUAAAGGAGAAGUACGACAAGCCCACCCCAAUUCAAUCGUUGGGCUGGCCCAUCGCUAUGAAUGGACAUGACCUCAUUGGUGUAUCCCAGACUGGCUCGGGCAAGACCAUAUCAUUCGUGUUGCCAGCAAUCCAACACUCAUUGUCACAGCCUCGUUCACAACACUAUAAGGGGCCACAAGUACUGGUCAUCGCUCCCACGAGAGAGCUCUCCGUGCAGAUCAGUCAAGAGGCUCAGCCCUACUUACGCGCAGCACGAAUGAAUUCUGCCGUGGUGUAUGGCGGUGAUUCAAAGCAGUUCCAGAUACAGCAGCUUCGACAACGACCUCAAGUGAUCAUUGGUACGCCUGGCCGUAUCAUCGACCUCGUGCAAGACGGACAUCUCAAUCUGAAGCAUGUGUCGUACUUUGUCGUGGACGAAGCCGACAGGAUGAUGGACAUGGGCUUUGAGGACCAGGUCCGCGCUAUAUUUGCCAACACGCGUCCGGACCGCCAGGUGCUCUACUGGACGGCCACGUGGCCGCAGAAGGUCAAGUCGCUAGCUUACGAGUUCCUCACCGACCCGGUCGAGGUGCGCGUUGGAAGUGCCGAGUUGACGGCCAACCCCAACAUCAAGCAGAUGUUCAAGAUCGUCGACACGGACAAGGACAAGCUCAACGCGCUCAUUGAUACGUUGGAGGGCAUCUACAGUGCGAGGCCCGAGUCCAAGGUGUUGAUAUUCACAAUGACCAAGGGUGGCGCAGACAAGCUCUCUGAUCACAUCAAAAAGAUUGGCAACGCACGAAUUGAGGCCAUACAUGGAGACAAGGCACAGAACAGACGAAUGGCAAUCAUCAAUGCAUUCAAAGAGAACUAUAUCGAUAUAUUGGUGGCGACGGAUGUGGCGUCGCGUGGACUUGAUAUUAGGACCAUCACAGAUGUGAUCAACUACUCACUUCCCAAUCAUAUUGAGCCGUAUAUUCAUCGAAUUGGAAGAACUGCACGUGCUGGCGCAACGGGAUACUCACAUUCGAUUGUUAGCAGGAGUUCACAUAGUGAUAUCAGCAUGAUCUCGGACAUUGUGGAAGUGUUACAACGUGCCAAUCAAGAGAUACCCGCUGAACUACAUGCAUUGAUUCCACCAAGAUGUAAUCAGAAUCAUCACCAACAACAAGGAUAUCAUCGUGGCAGUGGAUAUGGACAUCAAGGAAGACGUUAUGGCGGCAACAACAACAACAGCUACCAAUACAGACCAGACCAGCGACAGAGAGGUCCGAUAUCAUUCAAAUCGUCGUCUUCGUCGUCAUCAAAUUAG